GAGAAAGCUCCGGAGUCCUGUCUGGAAAGGACUGGGCUCAGAACGCGUCCCCACACCCGUGGGACAGCGAGGAGCAAAGGUCAUGGGGACUCGUGACAGAGUUGAGAACACUUAAUGAAAGACUGAAGAAUAGAGAGGACAAGUAAUCACUAGUCAUUGAAAGAGCCAGGAUUCAGAUUAAAAACAGGCUGACUCCAGAGUCCCUAUCCUUACUGAUUGUCAUGUAAUCCCUGCAACAACUGCCUAUGCUCUGCGUUCUCAGAGUAAAACUUUUUUCUAGAUGAAGAGUCAGGAAGAGGUGGAGGUGACAGGAAUUGAGUUUCUUAAAGCCAUGUCCCUGGGUUCAGUGACUUUCACAGAUGUGGCCAUAGACUUCUCCCAAGAUGAGUGGGAAUGGCUGAAUCUUGCUCAGAGAAGUUUGUACAGGAAGGUGAUGUUGGAAAACUACAGGAACCUGGUUUCAGUGGGUCUUUGCAUUUCUAAACCACACAUGAUCUCCUUAUUGGAACAAGAGAAGGAGCCCUGGGUGACGAAAGGAGAGAUGACCAGAGGCCUAUGCCCAGAUUUGGAGUAUGUUUGGGUGACCAAGGAAUUAUCUCUAAACCAGCAUAUUUAUGAAGAAAACUUACCCCAGGGAAUAGUAAUGCGAAGACUGACAAGCUAUGACCUUGAAUGUUCCACAUUAGGGGAAAACUGGAAAUGUGAAUACCUAUUUGAGAGGAAGCCAGUAGAUCAGAAGACACAUUUUAGACAAGAGUCUAUCACUCAUAUAGAUGCUCUUACUGAGAAAAGAGACCACUCAAACAAAACUGGAACAAUUUUUCACCUGAAUACGUUAUCUUUUGUAAAACAUGUUUUCCCCAUAGAAGAGAGAAUAUUUAAUUUCAAUACAGAUAAGAAAAGCUUAAAAACACAUUCAACUGUUAAACAACACAAGCAAGUAUAUGGCAAAAAACUUUUAAAAUGUAGUGAUUGUGAGAAAACAUUCAGCAAAAUCUCAUCCCUUACUCUUCACCAAAGAAUUCAUACUGGUGAGAAACCCUAUGAGUGUAUAGAAUGUGGAAAGGCCUUUAGCCAGAGUGCCCACCUUGCUCAACAUCAGAGAAUACACACAGGAGAAAAACCCUUUGAAUGUACUGAAUGUGGGAAAGCCUUCAGCCAGAAUGCUCAUCUUGUUCAACAUCAGAGAGUUCAUACUGGAGAGAAACCUUAUCAAUGUAAGCAGUGUAAUAAAGCUUUCAGCCAGCUUGCACACCUUGCUCAACAUCAGAGGGUUCAUACUGGAGAGAAACCUUAUGAAUGCAUUGAAUGUGGGAAGGCUUUUAGUGAUUGUUCAUCCUUAGCUCAUCAUCGAAGGAUUCACACUGGGAAAAGACCCUAUGAAUGUAUUGAUUGUGGGAAAGCAUUCAGGCAGAAUGCUUCUCUUAUACGUCAUCGGCGGUAUUAUCAUACUGGAGAGAAACCCUUUGACUGUAUUGAUUGUGGGAAGGCUUUCACUGAUCACAUAGGACUUAUUCAGCAUAAGAGAGUACAUACUGGAGAGAGACCUUACAAAUGUAAUGUGUGUGGAAAGGCUUUUAGCCAUGGUUCAUCCCUGACAGUUCAUCAAAGAAUUCAUACAGGAGAAAAACCUUACGAAUGUAAUAUCUGUGAGAAAGCCUUUAGCCAUCGUGGCUCACUUACUCUUCAUCAAAGAGUUCAUACUGGAGAGAAACCAUAUGAAUGUAAGGAAUGUGGGAAAACUUUCCGGCAGAGCACACACCUAGCUCAUCAUCAGAGAAUUCAUACUGGAGAGAAACCUUAUGAAUGUAAGGAAUGUAGCAAAACCUUCAGCCAGAAUGCACACCUUGUGCAACAUCAGAAAAUACACACUGGGGAAAAACCAUAUGAAUGUAAGGAAUGUAGUAAGGCCUUCAGUCAAAUUGCACACCUUGUUCAACACCAGAGAGUUCAUACUGGUGAGAAACCUUAUGAAUGUUUUGAAUGUGGGAAGGCUUUUAGUGAUGGCUCAUAUCUUGUUCAACAUCAGAGACUUCACACUGGCAAAAGGCCAUAUGAAUGUCUUGAAUGUGGAAAGUCAUUCAGACAGAGAGCAUCCCUGAUUUGUCAUCAAAGAUGUCAUACUGGCGAGAAACCUUAUGAGUGCAAUGUUUGUGGGAAAGCCUUUAGCCAUCGCAAGUCCCUUACUCUACAUCAGAGAAUCCAUACAGGAGAGAAACCUUAUGAGUGUAAGGAAUGUAACAAAGCCUUCAGCCAGGUUGCUCAUCUUACACUACACAAGAGAAUUCACACUGGGGAAAGGCCCUAUGAAUGUAAAGACUGUGGAAAAACCUUCAGGCAGAGUAUACAUCUUGCUCACCAUCAGCGAAUUCAUACUGAAGAGUCAGCCUCAAUUAUUCCCUCUCCCUCCCUUGCAUACCACCAAGUCUUAUAGAAUUAAUCUUCUAAAUGCCUCUAGAAUUCAUCCACUUUUUUCCAGCUCAUGUCUAAUCAUCACAGUCCAAGAAGCAAACAUCUCAUUUUGGUGUCUGAAGUAUCAUCCCUCUUGCUCCUCUCAAGUAUGUUUUUAACACUGUAGCCAACCUAAUCUUCUAAAAAUAAAAAUAUAUUCAGGUCACUUUUCCAUUUAAAA